GCCUCAAACCUUCAUCAUGCCCACAGCAACGUUUUCUCUCACCGACUGUAAGGCCAUCAUUCGCGUCACGCCUCGCGCCGGGGAUCCUCUGGCCCUGAAAGAUCUCGUUCUCUCCGUGAUGCACCCGAAGCGAGGCGAGAUCGCUACUCUCACCGCAGUCCUGAUCAAUAGGCGAGCCUGUGGUCAUCGUUUCCAUAAGGUGACGGCGCCGCAGACGGAGCCCUUUGCCUUAUUACUUGACAAGAAGGGUCUCAUCAAAGAUUUAACCAAGUUCUCGACUACUUUGUUCGACCCACGGGGUCUAAUUCGGGAGGAGUUAAUCGACCAUGAGUAUCACCAAGGGACUGGAGUUUGGGGUCGCGAAAUAAACAACGGUUUAAUCGCAUAUAUCUUCUCUUUGAAUGUCAGAUCUAGAGGACCGUAUAAAGAAAAGGGUGUAGAUAGCUGGGCAUUGCAACAGCUCUUCUCCUCUGAGUAUUUCAAUCCUCGCGAUUUCGCCGUCGCCUGUCCAUCCCGCAUGAUUCGUCAUUAUCCGGCUCGGGCUCAAACGAGUGAGGCGACCACACACCUUAAUGAUUUCCUUCAUGAGAACGAAUUUCGUAGGAUCGGCAGGACCGAAUUCCUGGUGUAUUCCUUGGAACCCACACACCGUUCACACUCACUCUCUACGCAAGACGACGCCGAGAGUAACUUAAUCCAUCGCCAGCCGACCGAAGAGUUGGCUUCCACUAGCGACCCCAUUCAUGCUCUUAUGAUCCUGCAGGAUGAACAGAUUCGUCACCGGCGGAAGUAUCCUCUACACCAUGCCGCCUGCGAUCCCCAAGUGACACCUUCACAACUAGAUGUCCUGAUUGAAGAAUUAUUCAAGAGCAAUCCAGACUCCAUUCGCUCGCGUGAUGAAAACGGAUAUACUCCGUUACACGUUGCUGCCCACUGCGCCAGCAUUCCUGCUAUACGCGCAUUGUUGGCUCUUCCAUCUCCGGGUCCCCGAAACGACCUAGCUAAACGUGACAACGUGGACGGGACGAAUGUUCUGGAGACAUGUCAGCGAAAGAUGCGUACCGAGAGAGAGACAGAGGAGAAACAUGAUGGCCAUUGGCACGGAUACCCAGAAGCGUUCUUGAGGACUGAGUAUAUGCUCAAGUUGGCGGUUGGCGAAGACGUUGGAGGACUGGAUGAAGAUGCCUACACGGGCACGAGGAAAUUUGGUUGCACCUGUAACCAGUGUUACAAUGGCAAACUUUCUCCCAGAAUGCGUACCCGUCUAGUCGCGGAAUCUACUUGGCUGCUUCAAGACAUGUUGGCUGAAGAGCCUCCCUUCGUUGGUGGUCAGCCUACCCCGAUAACUGACAUCGAUCUCCUCCCUGAAUCAACCACGUACCUACCAGCAUCUGGCCCUAUGUGACUCGCAGAUUUUACAAAGGCUUCAUCAAGGUCUUGCAAUAUAUUCCAGUGGUCCUUGAGUCUCCCAUCAUACCAUUCAGCGCCAUCAUGGUGGAGAAGUGUGUAGACCAAGUUGGAGGAGCUGAGGCAUUCUUCCAACCCGGUGGCCGAGUAAUUCACAUCUUCGACGCCAUUACAAGCAAUGCGAUCUCGAACUCAGAAGCAUACGAUGACGGCUUCUUCAAGAAGUAUCUGCAUAGAUUGACCGAGCAGAAUAUCGGAGUUGUACCUGGUCGUGAAGAAGAAAAGGAUCGCGUUCACGGUGAACUUCUAAUGGAAACCGACGUUAACGAGCAACAUCCUAGCAUUUUUGAGCACACCAUAAGGGAGCUACGAGGCGAGAAAGAGGGCAAGGCUCUUGACUUUGGCUAUAGCACCGCUCCGACAUGCGCGAAUGACGAAGAAUUCGGACGUGUGAGGGAGAUGUUGGGGUUGGCCAGGAACAAGAACUGGGGUCCGUACUUCCUUGGGGAGGACGAAAACGAGAUGGAGACCGAUUGUGACUUCGACGACGAUUCAGACUAGCUAGUCAAACUUGAAGGCGUUGGCUGGGGAUAUCGAGGGAGAACGCCGUUAGAACCGCUGCUGUACGAUAAGUGUUUUAUUCGAUGGAUGCUUGAUGGUUGAAGCGGUGUAUGUUUUGUCGAAUAGACAACUCGAGCCCUUGUACUAUUAAUAUUAAACAGGCUUGUGGAUUCAGAUAACCAUUUUGAUCGAUCAACUGAAGAAACUUACUGCAGGCAGAGAAUAUCUGCGGCAC